UCAACAGAGAGUACAUCUAGAUUUCUUGGUACCGCGGCAGUCGUUGAUUCAACCUAAAUCAAGUCACAUCAAAGAUGGAAAAGCGUUCUCUUGUUAUUUUCAUUUUUAUAGUUACAUAUGCUAUUCUCCAUUCAGGGGAGGCAUUGCGUUGUUAUACAUGUAACUCAAAGGAAGACAACAAUUGCGCGAAUGGACCAUAUUCAGAAAUGCAAGUUGAAGAAUGUUUGUUUCCAACAUCGACAAGUAAACCGACUCCGACUGAAACAACCCCGCCGCCGUCAAUAACGACGGACCCGUCGACCCCACCGACGACGACGGACCCGUCGAGCUCGCCGACGACGACGGACCCGUCGAGCUCGCCGACGACGACGAACCCGCCGACGACGCUGACGACGACGACGCCGACGACGACGAACCCGCCAACGCCGACGCCGACGACGACGCCGACGCCGACGACGACGCCGACGACGACGACGACGCCGACGACGACGCCAACAACGACGCCGACGACGACGCCGACGACGACGACGACGCCGACGACGACGCCGACGACAACGCCGACGACGACGACGUCGACCACGCCGUCGACCACUAUUCCAGUUGAACCAUAUAAAGCAGCUGACUACAGGUCACGUAGAAGUAUUUUUCGUAAUGUUCAAAUAAAUCCACAAGUAGAUGAAGUAGAAGAAAAAUGGCAUUGUGCUAGGACAGAAUAUCGAUAUUCUGACGACACUGUGAUCGUCGAGCGUGGAUGUGUUCUUUCUUCCCAUGAAUGUCCUGAUGAUACUGAAGAAAAAAAAUGUAAAAUGGAAAAAUGCGAGUCAGAUAAAUGUAAUAGUGCUAACGCAAUAUCAAUUAAUAUGGUAACCUUGUCAUGGCUGAUGUUAUCGUGGGUGAUUGUAUUUAUUGUUACAGAUUCGUAUCAAUAAGUUUUACAUCAUAACAUGUUAUGUUUAAAUAAUAUAUAUCUUCUAUAUUUUAAA